GGGCCUCUUGGACCAUCCUCAGAAGGAAUUGUACAAGGAGGUCAUGCUGGAGAAUGCCCAGAACCUGCUCUCCCUGGGUCUCCCAGUUCCCAGAGAAGAUCUCCUCUGUUAUUUGGAGGAAAGGGAAGCACCAUGGCUACUGCACCAAGAAGGCCUGAGGAGCUUUUGUCCAGAAGGAGAGAUUACAUGUAAAAUGAAAGAGACAACUGGCAAGCUAAGCAUUUCUGUGAAAGAAAUUCAUGAGGAAAGUUUCAAGAGGGGUGGUCCUUGUGACUUCACUGGGAGACAAAUCUGUGCUGUACUUCACAGAAUCCACACAGAAGAGAAACCUUAUGAAUGUGCUCAAUGUGAAAAGGCUUAUAGAAGAACCUCUGAUCUUGCUGCUCAUCAGAAACUCCAUAGUGGGAAGAAACGUUAUGAAUGUGAUCAGUGUGGAAGGGCUUUCAAAUGGAACACUUCUCUUUCUAUACAUCAGAGAACCCACACUGGAGAGAAACCUUACGAAUGUGAUCAGUGUGGAAAGGCUUUCAGAAAGAAGUCUCACCUUGCUGACCAUCAGAGAAUCCACACUGGAGAGAAACCUUAUGAAUGUGCUCAGUGUGUAAAGGCUUUCAGAAUGAAGUCUCAACUUGCUAUCCAUCAGAGAGUCCACACUGGAGAGAAACCUUACAAAUGUGAUCAUUGUGGAAAGGCUUACAGAGUGAGGUCUCACCUUGAUGAGCAUCAGAGAAUCCACACUGGAGAGAAACCUUACGAAUGUGAUCAGUGUGGAAAGGCUUUCAGAAAGAAGUGUAACCUUCUUGAACAUCAGAGAAUCCAUAGUGGAGAGAAACCUUAUGAAUGUCAUCAAUGUGGAAAGGCUUUCAGAGUGAAGACUUAUCUUGCUGUACAUCAGAGAAUCCACACUGGAGAGAAACCAUAUAAAUGUCAUCAAUGUGGAAAGGCUUUCAGAAUGAAGUUUAAACUUACUGUACAUCAGAGAAUCCACGCUAGAGAGAAACCUUAUGAAUGUGGCCAAUGUGGAAAGGCUUUCAAAUGGAACUCCUGUCUUUCCCUACAUCAGAGAACCCACACUGGAGAGAAACCUUAUGAAACCGAUCAGUGUGGAAAGGCUUUCAGAAAGAAGUCUCACCUUGCUGAACAUUGGAGAAUCCACACUGGAGAGAAACCAUACGAAUGUGAUCAGUGUGGAAAGGCUUUUAGAAGAAGGAAUGUUCUUGCUAAACAUCAGAGAAUUCACAUUGAAGAGAAACCUUAUGAAUGUCAUCAAUGUGGAAAGUCUUUCAGAAAGAAGGGUGAACUUGCUAAACAUCAGAAAAUCCACACUGGAGAGAAACCUUAUGAAUGUGCUCAGUGUGGAAAGGAUUUCAGAAAGACUUCUCAACUUGCUAACCACCAGAGAAUCCACAGUGGAGAGAAACCUUAUAAAUGUGCUCAGUGUGGAAAGACUUUCAGAAUGAAGUCUCAACUUGCUAACCAUCAGAGAAUCCACAGUGGAGAGAAACCUUAUGAAUGUGCUCAGUGUGGAAAGGCUUUUAAAAGAAGCUCUGAUCUUGUUAUCCAUCAGAGAAUCCACACUGGAGAGAAACCUUACAAAUGUGAUCAUUGUGGAAAGGCUUACAGAGUGAGAUCUCAGCUCGCUGAACAUCGGAGAAUCCACACUGGAGAGAAACCUUACAAAUGUGAUCAUUGUGGAAAGGCUUACAGAGUGAGGUCUCACUUUGCUGAACAUCAGAGAAUCCACACUGGAGAGAAACCUUACGAAUGUGAUCAGUGUGGAAAGGCUUUCAGAAAGAAGUAUAACCUUCUUGAACAUCAGAGAAUCCACACUGGAGAGAAACCUUAUGAAUGUCAUCAAUGUGGAAAGGCUUUCGGAAAGAAGACACACCUUGCUGUACAUCAGAGAAUCCACACUGGAGAGAAACCUUAUGAAUGUGCUCAAUGUGGAAAGGCUUUCAGAAUGAAAUCUCAACUUGUUAAACAUCAGAAAAUCCACACUGGAGGGAAUCCUUAUGAAUGUCAUCAGUGUGGAAAGCCUUCUUAAGGAGAUCCAUUCUUGCUGCACAUGAAAGUAUCCACACUGGAGAGAAACCUUAUGAACAUGAUCAGUUUGGAAAGGCUUUCACACGCAAGUCAAGUCUUUCUAUGCAUCAGAGAAUCCACACUGGAGAGAAACAUUAUGAAUGUCGUUAAUAAGGAAAGGCUUUUAGAACAAGCUGUGAUCUUGCUUUGCAUUGGAAAAUCUACCCUAGAGAGAAACCUUAUGAAUGUGCUCAGUGUGGAAAGGCUUUCAGAAUGAAGUCUCAACUUGCU